AUGCCGAGAAAAGGGAUGAGGUGUUUGUUAUUUUCACCGAAAGUAUCUACUUCUUCUUCUUCUCCUUCGCCAUCGCCAUCGCGAUCGCGAUUUGGAUUCUCGCCAGCUAGGCCGAGUUUUUCGGAGUCAGUGAUGAAUCGAACUCUGGAAAUGGCUGAGCCUAUAAUCAUGAAAUGGGACCCAGAAUCAUCCACUUUUGCCAAGGUUACUUCUUUAUUUUACGAUAAUCGCAAGGAAGCAAUAGAUUUCAUCAAGUGGGUGAGAAAUCUACAAAAGGCUAUGAAACUUUUCAUCACGGGAAACUCUAAUUCAGAAAAAAUAGUCCGUGCGCAAAAUUUGAUGCAGAUUGCCAUGAAAAGACUCCAGAAGGAGUUUUAUCAGAUAUUGUCCAUGAAUCGAGCACAUUUGGAUCCUGAAUCGGUUUCCACACGGUCCUCGAUUACCUCGAUUCAUUCGAGCGUAUCAGAUUUUUAUGAUGAGGACGAUGAUGAUGAUAUCAGGAAUGUGAACGAGUCAAUAACAGAAGUAGAAGACGCCUCAAGUAUUGCAAUGGCAGAUUUAAAAUUAAUUGCCGAUUGUACACAAAAUGGAUUGGAAUGCUCUGGAAUUGAGAAUCAAUCAUUGGCUCAAUGCAGUGAGAACUGCAGUGAAGACUCUAUUCAAUGGAGAAAGAAUCCUCUGUGA